GUUGCAGUAUAGGGUGUACGCAGUCACGGUGUACGUGUGUCGCGGUCAAGUUGUCGUGAUCACCUAGUGUUGCGGUACAGGGUGUACGGGUGUAGGUACAUUGUGAUACAGUUGGUUUAUCUAGGUAAUAGGUUGUAUUCAGGCUAUCAUAGUGUUAGAUAUUUACCAGGCGUAAAUUAGGUAAUUGUUACAUAUAUAUUGAAGUCAGGUAGACUAGCCAUUGUUUUGUAUAUAGUGUCGGCAAUGUUUAUGUUUUCUUACAACAGUAAGAUAUAUAUUGGGUCCAAGAUGGAACUUGGUAACGGACUGUAGGCACGCAACCGUUACAAUAUGCAACUUACAGUUAUCUAAAUGACUGUAAGUGGUGUGUGACAAUGGCCGAUGAAUACCCAUGGCAGACCUAUUUCGAAGGAUUUAGUGAUGCAUAUCAUGGUUAUGUGUAUGAGAUAGACGACACAAUAGAUGUAAUAAGAGAGUUUUCUUAUGCCACAUCUUCAUCAUAUGCAGUGACAAGAUGCACAAAGAAUUUUGGUUCAUUCAAUCCAGGGGGUGAUCAUAAAGAAGAUCAUUUUAUCCGGUUUACUGAUGACAACAAACUCAUUCACGCCAAAAGACUUUCUCCUGAUGGGAUUCCGUUCAUGAAUGUUGGCCUGAAAUUAUUUGAAUGUCAUCAAGGACCAUCACAUAGAAAGUCGUCAGCCAAGAGUUCCAAACAAACUGAUGCAGAACAUGGGUAUAGCCAAAUACCAAGCAAGCGCAGGCUUACGGGAACGAAGAAAAGAGGAUGUCCAGCAUCAAUCCUGUUACGGGAAAUUAUUUUCUUUCCAGAGUACAAGGUAUCUAGUUCUACUAGCCCCUAUCACAUAACAAAUUAAACUUUCUUAUUCUUGAUUUCAAACACUUAAGAUAUUUAUCAACAAUUUGACUUUUUUUUGUAAAUCAGUAAAUUCAGAACACAUUUAGACUUAUUAGUUUUGCAUAUCAAGUACAUUGACUAAUGUAUUUAAUGAUCUUCUAUUUUAGGUUAAUUCGUUUUUCAAUGUUAUAAUCAUUAUA